UUUGAUUUAACCUAAAUAAUUCUCGGGGGGGGGGGAUGUUCACUGGUCACAUGAUCGUGAAACAAUGAAGGGAAAACACAAGUAAAUUCCUCCCUGACCCAUUCGAGUCUCGGCCGGCAGUGGUAAGUUUGCACUGUCGAAGUACCUGGGCUGGUUCGCUUUGCUUCGCCCUCGCCGGGGCAGUAAGCCCAGUUCAGAACGGCUUCCAAACCGCCCGAUUGAGUUCCGAGUACCUCGAGGUGUCGCGUUGCUGCUGGCCUCCGUGAGAUGUUUUACAGAGUUUAGUCCCGCCACGUUUCCAAAUCUGGUUUGGGGGACAGAUGCUGAAUUUGCUGAGUGGUACGUCUUGCGUAAUUGCCUAAGGGAAGAAGAUUUUUUAAUUGGGCCGUCAAGGAGUUCAUGUCGGAAUGUGACUGCUGCUUCAGCAUAUCAGAAAAAUAAUUGCCCCACACUGAUCGAAAACCAUUGUCACCAACCCAUCUCCAACCUGCUACUCUGAGCCUGCAUUCUGCCUUACUGGUUCUCCUGUGGAAGGAUCUUCAAGAAAACACCAGCAAAGGGACAAUUUUCUUGAAGGAUGGAUGCACCAGCAAUUCAUGUGUCUUGGCCCAGCCCAUUUCCCAGACAUUCUAGAAAAAACACGCCUGGCCGCUCAGAUCAGGAGCAAAAUGUCAUCGGCUCAGCUACCAAGUGCAGCUCUGCUCUCCUCAGGAGACCUAAACAUGGUGUUUCAACAGAUCGACCAUCUGGCGUCAGCCAGCAAAUGAGCCGGUUACAAGAAAAGCAAAGGGCCACAGAACAGUGCAAGGUGCUCAAGCAGAUAGCCCAGAUAGUGCCACACAGAGUGGAUCGACUGUAUUAUAUCCAUGGGAGUCAUAUACCAGUUCAAGCCAAAUGUAAAAUGGACACCGUGACAUUCAGAAGGCUACAGAUGCGGAGAACCAGCCAGGAGUCUGUCGUAGGUCAAGAAGAUCACGAUGGGAUGAGUGAGGAAAAUGAACCAGGCAGGAGCUGUGAAACAACCCAGGCUGUAGAGUCUGGCAGUCAAGAUGACUCUAACGAGAAAUAUUGCCCCCAUCUCAUGCUGGUUUUUAUGACUGAACCUGCAGAAGAAAGUCCGGAGAAUCUUAAAGGACAAAUGGCACACAAAACAGAAGUGAAGGAUUUUGUCAGAAAAUCCAAGGCAACCACAAGGCAAAGACCUGAAUAACCCAAUUUCAACAUAAAGACUAAAAAUCAUUGCGCAGAGAAAGAGAACCAAAGGAAAAAAACACAAAUCAUGCAAACAGUAGAAGCAUUCCGAGCCAGACUGGGCUGCAGUUCCGCUCCCAGAGCAGCCGGAUCAGUUCACAGCCUUGUUGCUGCGGAGUUGAGGAAAUCGAUCCGUUUUACACAGGACUUACUUCAUUUUUCCAUAGUGGGACCAUCUACUUUUCAGGGUAGUUCCUACAACAGUGGCAGUACUUUCUCGUGUGUCUUGCUCACCUC